AUGUCGAGGAUGUUCCAGUUGUAUAAACGAUUAUCUUCUGAAUACAGAACCAACGAGACUGGUGGUUCUUUGGGUCAUCACUUCGACAAGGCAAGGCCCAAUCGUAACAAUCUGUCGACGCUGUGCCGAUACUACUUUCUUGCGGAAAAGUAUCCGGGGAAAGAUGGUGGUGGUCCUAAUUUAGGGCAACGAUUACAUUCUUGCCUAAAGUACGCAACUCCCAACGGGCAGGCCAGUAAUACUGUCCACGCCCCUCAGCAAACCGUCAAGGUUCCGACCGAGUUGCUAGCACUCGAAACCUCACGAGCGGAGUCGGAGGAUCAACGUGGGAAGAUCGUGAAGCAGUCGCUAGAUUAUGAGGAAGAUCGAGACGCAAGAGUCGAGAAGAAGGACGACUUCAGGAAGUUGAAGGAAGACGUGCAGGUUCAGAUGGAAGUCUUGCAGAUUGAUAUGGAAGGGAGCAGGAACAGUUCGACCUCGAAAUCGCAGAGCGCAAUAUCGCUCUCGAUAAGGUGGACCAAGAACUGGCCGUAUCUAAGCAACAACUGGAUUUUCGGCUCAACGGGAUGUGAGCCAAACACCUUUCGCGGUGCUGUAUCAUUCAUGCGCUCGCAACUUCGCCUGGCGCAAGAGCAUGCCGCAAGAGCAUGCCGCAAAGGCCAACGGGCUUGCAAAGACGAAUUCAGGAAGACUGAAAUCCCCUGA